GUCUGUGUUGCAUUUCCUGUCUUGAGUGAACCUGGUAACUCUGUGCGUUUCCUCCUGCGGACUGCCGGUCAUGUUUUAUAUAUACUUACUACGACUGUGUCCUGUUUAAGGCAGAAUGUGUGUGACUGUGCUGUGUUCUGUCCUAUAGAUGGAUGAGAUUAAACUAAAGGAGCGCACUGUCUGUGGGCUGGAGAGAGAGCUCAGCGUUCAGGCGGGCCACAUGUGGAAACUACAGCAACAGAAACAGGCUGUAGACACUCAGCUGGCCCUGCUGCGAGACUCCAGCCCCAGACGAGAGGGCCCUUAUUCACCCACUGCAGGAGACGCAGUAGAGAACACAGCUAACCCUAUGCAGCAGUUGGAUGAGAAGGACGCUCGACGUUUCCAACUGAAAAUCGCAGAACUGAGUGCAAUUAUUCGCAAACUAGAAGACCGCAAUGCACUACUGUCAGAGGAACGCAAUGAACUGUUAAAGCGUCUCCGUGAAGCUGAGAGCCAGUAUAAGCCGUUACUAGACAAGAAGAGACGUCUCAGCCACAAGAAUGAGGAGCUGGUUCGUGCAUUGAGACGCAUGGAGAACAAACUGCAGUUCAUCACUCAGGAGAACAUCGAAAUGCGAGAGAAGGCUGGGACGAUACGGCGGCCCAGUUCUUUGAACGAUCUGGAUCAGAGUCAAGAGGAAAGAGAGAUCGAGUUUCUCAGACUACAAGUGCUGGAACAACAGAACAUAAUCGACGAUCUGUCCAAGGCGCUGGAAACCACUGGAUACGUGAAGAGUGUGAUAGAGAGAGACAUGCUGCUGAGAUACAGGAGACAGGACAGCCUACGCAGGAAGAAGCCCUUCAGAACCUGUAGGCCGGUGGUGGAGACGUUUUUUGGCUAUGAUGAGGAAGGCUCUAUAGACUCGGACGGCUCCUCUAUUUCCUACCAGACGGACCGAACGCCCUGCACACCAGACGAUGACCUCGAAGAGGGAAUGCUUAAGGAGGAGACAGAGCUGCGCUUCCGUCAGCUGACGAUGGAGUAUCAGGCUCUUCAGCGAGCUUACGCGCUCCUGCAGGAGCAGGUGGGAGGAACGUUUGAUGCAGAGAAAGAGGUCAAGACUCGAGAGCAGCUUCAGGCCGAACUGAUCCGGUACCAGACCAGAAUAGCAGACCUGGAGUGUGUUCUAAGUCAUCAGGGACAGGAUAUGAAGUGGAUUGAGGAGAAACAAGCUCUGUACAAACGCAACCAAGAGCUUGUAGAAAAGAUUAAAAAUAUGGAGACGGAGGAGACGCGACUGAAAAAUGAAAUUCAGGAUGCAAAAGAUCAAAACGAACUCCUGGAGUUCAGAAUUCUUGAACUUGAAGAAAGAGAGAGAAGAUCUCCAGCCAUAAACUUCCAGUACAUCCAUUUUGCUGAGGGCAUGAGUCCCCUACAGAUGUACUGUGAGGCAGAGGGUGUUACUGACAUUGUGAUCACAGAGCUGAUGAAGAAACUCGAUAUUCUGGGGGAUAACGCCAAUCUGACCAAUGAGGAGCAAGUGGUGGUUAUUCAUGCAAGAACAGUAUUAACGUUAGCAGAGAAGUGGUUAGAGCAAAUCGAAGUCACCAAAUCAGCGUUACAGCAGAAAAUGCUGGACAUCGAAAGUGAAAAGGAGCUGUUUAGCAAACAAAAAGGAUAUUUAGACGAGGAAUUAGACUACAGAAAGCAGUCUUUGGACCAUGCACAUAAGCGUAUCCUUGAGUUAGAGGCGAUGCUGUUUGACGCCUUGCAGCAGGAGGAGACGGGUGGGAAGGUGUCCGAGCUGCUGACCGAGCAGGACCGUGAUUCGCUGAGAGAGGCUGUGGAUCAGUGGAAGAGGCAGGUCUUGAGUGAAUUACGAGAGAGAGAUGCACAGAUACUCAGAGAGAGGAUGGAACUGCUACAACAUGCUCAAGCGCUCACAGGCCUCAAGUGUUCUUCUGUACCAGAGGAGGGUGACACACGUCAUCAGGAGUCCCAGCGAUCUCUUCUGUGCUGA